AUGCUUGUUGUUCUAGCAUGGAUCGCUAUGCUAUGCCUCUACUGUGACGCUCGUUACCUUGGCGAAGAAGACCAAAUGAUUCAAGUGGGUUCAGAUGAGGAAUUUAUUGACGAUGAAGUCGUGCCGAACGGAACGGAAGACACCGGAGAUGAGUUUUUUCUCACAGUAAGACGAAAAACAUACGAUGUGGCACCAUCUGAGUCAGAUUACGAAAGCGAUGCUGCCAACAAUAUCGAGGAAAUUAACUAA